UUAUUAUUAUCCUUUGAAAAUAUAUUUUGUGUGCCGUUAAUUUUUGUGGAUGAUAAUUGUGGUCGGUGGGUUGGUAGUGGCCAUUUAUGACGGUAAUGAUGAUGAUGAUGAUAGACGAGACGACGAGCCAAGCCAAGCCUAUUUCAUUGCAUCUUGUAUUUUUGUUGCCAAUAUAUAUGUGAGCAUAUAUUAUUAUGAGCAUGUGAGUGUUUUAUGUUAUUCAUAUACAUAAUAUAUAUACAGACUCAUACCACUUGUUGUUAUCGUUGUCAUGUCCAUUUUGAAUUCAUUUUUUAAUUUUGUUUUUUUUUCUACUAAAAUUUUUGUUUCAAAUGAUUUUUUUUUGUUUUUGUUUCCAUUUUGUUAUAUUAAAUGAUGGCUUUUGAACAUCAACCUGGAGCACCGAUCGAAUGUCUUUCGCUAAUGAUAUGUCUAGAAAAAGACGAAGUUUAUAAUCCAGAAACAAAACAACGAUUUUAUUAUUCUGGUUUCUCCAUUGGUGGUGGUAUUGAUCAAGAUUAUCGUCAAUCACCACAUAAUUUUCCUGAUCAUGGUAUCUAUGUAACAAAUGUACAAUAUGAAGCACCAGCAUAUCGUGCUGGAUUACAAUUUGGCGAUAAAAUACUCGGAUGUAAUGGAAUGGAUUUUACAAUGUGUACACAUAAACAGGCUGUUAAUUUUAUGCAUACACGUAAAGUGUUAAAUUUAUUAGUAGCACGUCGUGGUGUUACAUCGCCUAAUCAUUAAUGUGAAAAUGAAAAAUGAAAAUUUUCAUUCAAUUAUAAUCCAAAUAUAAUGAUAAUGAUAAUUAUUAUUCAUUCU